AUGGAGCCAGACUAUGUGAUGAGUGAUCAAGAGGAUCCUCAAAGUCUUGCGUGUACCCCUCUGGAGACUAGCGCUGACUAUGAAAUGGAUGAAGUGUUUGCCGAAGAGGAUCCUCAAAGUCUUGCGUGUACCCCUCUGGGGACUAGCGCUGACUAUGAAAUGGAUGAAGUGUUUGCCGAAGAGGAUCCUCAAAGUCUUGCGUGUACCCCUCUGGAGACUAGUGCUGACUAUGAAAUGGAUGAAGUGUUUGCCGAAGAGGAUCCUCAAAGUCUUGCGUGUACCCCUCUGCAGACUAGUGCUGACUAUGAAAUGGAUGAAGUGUUUGCAGAAGAGGAGCCUCAAAUGCAACCAGCCAUGGAUAUUUGCGACGUGGCUCCUAUGGAAGAGCGGCAAAACAAGGAAGAAGAAUUCACAAUUAUCCUAACUAUAAAAAAGAGAGAAAAAGACAUCACCCUUGUUUUGAAGGGGAACGAACAAGAGAAUACCGUUGUCAUAAAAAAGAGCGAACACUAA